AUGCAUUUCAUCGGAGCCGCUACUCUUCUCUCGCUCAUUGCCGCAGUCUCGUCUGCUCCAGCUCCAGCACCGGUCCCACCCAGUCGAUUCGCAACAGGCACCGCCUUCUGGCCGUCCUUCAAGAUAGACGGCUUUGACCAAGCUGCCGUCACAUACUACGGUUACUUCUACCUCGGUAAAGAUACUUCCACCGUCGGUUGUGAUCCUAAAAUCGAGGCCGAAGAUAAAGAAAAGGGUACAAAGAAAUGUGACACCAUGGGAUCCUCACACUGGGUAAUCUGGUACGCCGGCACAGCGAUCCUCGACGUUUCGGUUCCAGGCGGUCAAAUGCUCUACAUCGACCCAAGCGGUGCGUUGAGAUAUACAGCUCCAGGGAAACCAACGCCCCCUCUUGAUGCCGAAAUCAGGGGUUUCAGGGUUAGACAGGAUCCGACGGACAAGAAAUUGUAUUUCUAUCAUACUCGAGGAUCAUUUGUGGCUUGUCCUGAGGGUGCAGCGGGUUCGGGUGUUUAUAAGCUCUUUGUGGAUACUAAGGAUAAGAUGUUGGAGAGAGAGAAGAAAUGUGUACCGGUUCCUGGAUCUGGGAGACCUACUGGGAUUAGUGGGGCUAAUUGGUAUAGUUAUUUGACUGAACCUAAGAAACAGGGAAAGAGGAGCUAA